UGUUAACAUCACAUACUGAAAAAGAAUGAGUGCACAUCUCUUAUCUGAGAGCAUGUAAGGCAGAACAAAGUCAAGGACAGCUUCCACAGCCUAGUAGUUGUUCAUGCCAGUAAAGUAUAUCAUUAUCUUUCAAAAACCUCAGUCUCGCUGUAGAUGUCACACUCAUCUUGUUCUAGUCAGUUCACAGCUGGUGUCUGCAGAUCAGGACGAGUACAACUGUGUGAUUGGAGCAACAAGAGAAAGGUGCAACGAGGGUAGACCCUGGGUACACUUGACGUCCACCACAACUUGCCGCUUGAAGCAGAUUCCGUCUACAAUGGCUGACGAUGCGAUUAAUACUGCCGCAGCCAAUUUCAACAGGAACGCCAUCAUGAAAGAGCUCAACGACAAGGGUUACUGCGUCAUUCCUGACGUUUUGACGUCAGAAGAAUGUGACGUGUACGCUGAGAAGUAUCGCGAUUGGCUGGCGGCCUUUGGCGCAGACGAGGCUCCUUAUGAAGACUGUUCCAUCAUCCAGUCUCAUCGCGUUGGUCACCUAGAGCAAACGUGGCAGGUGCGCCUGAAAGCAAAGAGUGUCUUCCAGACCAUCUGGCAGACGGACAAGCUGUUGUCCAGUUUUGACGCCGUUGCCAUCGCCGAGCCUCCAGAAAAGGAGUCGAAAGCGUUCAACACUCCGAACACAAACUGGUUUCACUUGGACCAGAGGGCCAUGCGAGUGGGUCUCCACAGCUACCAGGGGGCUGUGUACCUGGAGGAAGCCUCUGAGACUGAUUACUGCUUCAGAGUUCUCGUGGGAUCUCAUAAGCAGUACGAGAGUUUCUAUUACCGAGAUGAGUCAGUGGCCAAGAAAAGCAAUAAACUUAAUAACAACGAUGUGGCGUGGUACCAACAGCAUGACUGCUACCCCAGUAAAGUAUCCGUCCCUAAGGGCGGCAUGGUCGUAUGGGAUUCAAGACUUGUACAUGACAACUGCAGGCCAGAAGAGGGCCGCCCCAACAAGGACAGGUGGCGCUUCGUCGUCUUCGUGUGCAUGACGCCGGCCCGAUGGGCGAGGAAGAAGGACCUGCAAAUGAAGCGCGAGGCCUACGAGAAGCUACUGAUGACAUGCCAUUGGCCCAGCCAGGGUAUUAUUUUUAAAGAAGAGCGCCACUUGUACCUUGAGGAAGAGCACCGCAUUAAAAAACUACCCGAGGUCGCGAGGUCACACGAGGCCAAACUACUCGCCGGUAUGGAGGAGUAUGAUUUUGAGGAUGGGAGGCCAAACGGGCCUGACUGGGAACCCCAGUGGCGUGAGCUGUGAUCACUCAAAGCCACAAACAGCCCCACCAAUGCUUUGUCCAAACUUCUCAAAAUUUGAUAAAACCGUUAUUAAAUGGACAAAGCUCUGUUAUUCUAAAUUACUCGUGUUGUAAACGCUUUGAGUUCUCAAUCGUCACCAAGUCUUAAAGACUUUUAAAUAAUGACGAUUUCCAUAAUGUUUAAACUAGCAAUUUUCAUACACACAUACACAUGGACGUAG